AUGACAACUACUGGCAAACUCUUUGCAGAGCCUACAACAAGGUCAAAAACAAAAAAAACUACUCCAGAUAGACAUCGUGGUCAAAGACCACAACAAUUCAAAAGUAGCUAUAAGAGCUCACAGACUUCAAAUCCCUCUAAUACAAUGCGUUUUGAAAGAUUCACUAAAAAAGGAAAACCUACAAUCCAGUGGGACAAAAAAUAUUCGUCACAUUUUAAUGACAAGACAUUGAAUACCCACCGUCUGGAAAAUGAUACCUUAUUACGCCUCCAGGAAGCAAUAAAAACAUCAACAUGUACACCUGGCGCCAUGAAAGAAAGAUAUCCAUAUUUAAACUCAAACUACAAAGACCAUCGGUUUAAAUAUAUAUUCCAUGAUUAUUUCAACGAUUUAUUGGUAUGGCAUAAUGACACAUUGAAUAAGAAUAUCGCCAAUGUUUGGGAUCCUGUUAAAGGGCUACAUAAGGAUAUUUUCACAAUCCCCGGAAAAUUGGAAAGUUUAACAAAAGAAGUUGAUUUAAUGAAUAAAUACUUAACCAGCUUCGAAGUUUUGCGAUCAGGAGAUGGAAAUAACAUGAAGAACAAGAUAACGAAACUGAAAAAGUUAAUUAACAAAACUGAAAAAGAUGUCACAAAAGCUAUGCAAGUGGAAGAAGACAGAAUUUCCCAACAGAUGAGAAAUGAAAUUGCACCAUCUGACAAGAAUUCUAAAUCGAAAAUGAGCCUUGUCCCUCCCACAGAUAAAUCAAAGAACAAGAAAUUAAAACACAGUGUACGAACACCCUACAAGCAUCGUGCAGCAAGAUUCAAUCUGAUACCGCGAAGAAAGCUCAACAACUACCAGAUAAAUCAGGACGUUGAAAACACAAUUGACCGUCCGUUUAACGCUACUGCAUUUGACGUGGCUAAGGCCGAUUAUGAAAGUAAUGAUCCAACGUCAUUAGAUACAAAUGUGUCAACAGUUAAUGAUACAACUGACGUGCUCUUCGACAAAGUCAGAUCUUAUAAACGCAAUGAACAUCAUAAAGGAAUUAAUAGAAAUGUAAAGUCUCGUGAUGCUAAAAUAAUUACACCACCAAAACCAGAGCAAUAUUUUGCAACCCCUGUACCGAUGAGCACAACGGAAUUCAAUCAGUUUCUAAAAGAUAAUCUAAUGGGCGUCAGCGUAGUCACGACGCCAUUCACCGAAACGAACUAUGACGAAGGCAUAUUGCUCGCUAAGAAGAAGGCGUACGUUCAAUCAGCUAAAUUGAAAUCAAAAAAGAUAGAAAGUGUCGUGCGAAACCUAAAAACUUUGCCUUUUAUAACUACUGCCAAGCUAAUGGACGACUUUGACGCGGGAAAUGAAUUUCAAAUGUUAGAAGAUUUGGAAAAUAGCUUAAGGAAUGAUUAUUACAAUGUCAAAGUACAAAGAAGAAGAAUAGAUGACGGCAACCCGAAUGAAUACUCGGCAAACAUUGCUGACUAUGCUAUCAAUGAAAAAGUUUUGGAAGAUUUUAAAAGAAAGUUAAAAUUUUUUGAAAAGGAAAAAGAAAAAGAAGCACAUCGGACAAGCCCGGGAGAUGUAGAUAUUAUGAUUAUUGAUUUAAAUUACGAUACACAUUCGCCUGAUGAAGAAACUGCCAUGGAAAAAUUAUUAGAAUCAUCUGGUGAGAAAACUAACAAUGUAACAACCGAAGUAGAUAUAGAACCAACAAAAACCAUAACACCAAAGAAACCAGACCAAUUCUCGAAUAGUGUACAGAAACCAGAUGAAACAUCAUAUGGUAUGCAUAACAAACUUCUGUACGGGCCGGGUAAACAUAUUAUUUCCCAGAUAGAACGGCAAGAUUUCACAGAUAGGUCGAACUCAGACGGCUCUCAUGAACUGUUUAACGAUAACAUGCUGGCAGAUAAUAAAGUGGAUGAUAAAUUUCCACUGAUGAGCGAGAAUACCUUUGGCGAAAUGACACCGAAUACGAAGGACGAUAAGGAAUUUGGUCAGGAUAUGACUAUUUACACACCAGAUACGAAACAGGCAGAAUUGCCGGAAUUAUUUCAAAUUUUAACUAAAACGCACGAUAAGAAGGAGCAUGAGCAAUCAAAUGCAAUUGUGAUUACCAAGGAAUGCUACACAUACAGUGUCAAGUUCAAAACCCCAGAUGAUACAACUAAAACGUCUAACAAUAUGACAACCAAUGAUAUAUCAAAUUCAACAAAUGUGCGAUCCAAGUUACAUUUGAGGCAUUUGUUGAAGAAAACGACAACGGAACCGGAAGAUAGUGGAAAAGUACACACAGAUCGCCAACACUGUCCAGGCCGCUGUCGGCUCCCUCAGUCCACAAAGUCUGAUCACAAUCGACCUCCCCACUUACAACGAACCAAUAACCGAAGAAGAUUUUCAAAUCGACCCCAGUAUUCAACGCCCAAAAUUCCGCAUAGUUGA